AUGGAUCCUCUCUACACUUAUAGAUUACUACCACCAACAUACACCAACACGAAGGACCCUGACUACAGUUAUAGACUAGUGAGGCUGGAACUGGUAGACUGCUGGCAGACUGCAGACCUGAACAUCAUCAUCAAACAAGAAGAGGAAGAGGAGAGCGCUCUACAAGUUGAAGAAGAAGAAGAAGAAGAAGAAGAGGAGGAGGAGGAGGAAGAGGAUAGCUCUCUACAAGUUAAAGAAGAAGAAGAGGAGGAGGAAGAUCAUGCUUUCAUGGUCAAAGUAGAGGAGGAAGAGGAGGACAAAGCUCUUGUAGUUAAAAAAGAAGAAGAGGAGGGUGGUUUUGCGGUCAAAGAAGAAGAAGAGGAAGAAGCUAUUGGGGUUUUUAUUCUUCCUGGUAUGUACAGAUAAUGUGUACGUCCAAAAUGGCACCCUAUUCCCUGUAGAGCCCUAUAGGCCUUGGUCAAAAAUAGUGCACUAUAAAGGGAAUAAGGUGCCAAUUGGGACGUAAACCAAUAUUGAGUGUUUGCUAGUAUGAACCUUAGCACGGUACUGUUAUUUCUUCAGAUUUAACCAAAGACUCGUUAUUUCGUUGACACAGACGGAAACUGCAACCAGUGGCCUGUCAGUGGGAAGAGUCCCUCUGUGUCAGAAGAACCACAACAACAACAACAACAACAACAACAACAACAACAACCAAAGAAACAACAACAACAGCCCCAGGAACCCCACCACUCCCCUCUGUACUGCCCCGACUGUGGGAGGAGCUUCAUCAGCCCCGGGAUACUGAACGUGCACCGCAGAAUCCACCAGAGCAGAACAAUCCACACCACCACCACCGGUGAGCCGCCUCACUACUGCCGUGACUGCGGCAAGACCUUCGACAGCGCCCAAUACCUCAACAAGCACCGUUUGGUUCACACAGCAGAGAGGACGCACCACUGCUCCCAGUGUGGCCGGAGCUUCCUGAGACUCCAGCACCUCAAAGACCACCGGAGAACCCACAGCGGAGAGAAGCCUCACUACUGCUCCGUGUGCGGGAAGGGCUUCACCAAGGGCCGAAUGCUCCGGACACACCAACGUCUGCAUGCCGUGGAGGGGGCUGACGUCCGGGAUGGGACGGGGGAGGGUAGUGGGGUGGUGAUGUCAGCGAUGGGGCGGAAGAGAGCUCUGAGAGUUCUAGCCGGAGUGGAUUACUACUACUGCUCUGAGUGUGGGAAGAGCUUCUCCAGUUCAGCCUAUCUUAAGGUGUGUCAACUAUAGAUCACUCUAAAGAAAGGCCUACAUCUGCUCCCAUUACCACCUGUAUUGACAAGCGUAUAUUUACAUUUACAUUUUAGUCAUUUGGCAGACGCUCUUAUCCAGAGCCACUUACCGUAGACAACCACAUAUCUUAGUCAUAGUAAGUACAUUUUUCCUCAAUAAAGUCAGCGCUAGUAAUAAUAAUAAUAAUAAUAAUAAUAAUAUGCCAUUUAGCAGACGCUUUUAUCCAAAGCGACUUACAGUCAUGUGGUCAGACAUGUUUACGUCCAGUGGGCCGGCCUUUCAGUUAUGUUUAUGUAGACUUUAUUAGCCCAGCCCCUUUUUAAGGAUGUGCCGUAUGACCACAAAUGUUUCUACAAAUGUCACGCUGUCAUGCAGUUCCGAGACUUGGCCAGUAGGUGUCUCCCAUAGAAAUAGAAUGGGCGUCCCCGUUCAAGUCAAUGAUGGCGUAAUGGGUGGACUAGCGGUCAGUUUGCCAGUCAAAUUGCCAGGGUUGGCAGUUCCAAGCCCGUUCGAUUCAUUACAUUUCUAUGGCGUCUCCAAAUAAUCAUGUACAAUAGAAAACCUUGGGCGAGUUCAGCAGGACGCAAUGUUUUGAAACGUUCAGAUAGAAAUAGUCUAUCUAGAACAAACAUGCCUCUCUGACAUGUAGCAUAAGGAACCUCGUCGGCUCUAUUCAUGGCAUUUCUAUCCGCAAAGUUCGACAACUUUUUGGCUACUGAACGUAGCCCUGUUGUCUCAAUUUUGAUGAAACCGAAGGAUGCGUUUCUAACCACAGAGGUCCUAUUAAAUUAAGUUCUAAUAUGUAAUUCAAUGUUUCUGUUUCAGGUGCAUCAGAAGGCGCACACGGGAGACAAACCCCACCAGUGUGCUCAGUGUAAGAAGACAUUCGGCACGUCAUGGGGUUUAAAGGUCCACCGGCAGACUCACUCUGGAGAGAAGCCCCACCAGUGCGCCGACUGUGGGAAGAGGUUCUCGGACCUGCGCAGCCACAAAGCCCACCAGAGCACCCACACUGGAGAGAAACCAUACACAUGCCCUGUCUGUGGAAAAGGCUUUGCCUGGCAGAAGAGCCUACAGAAACACCAGGCCACACACAGCAGCACUGGUGGUGGAAUCAUAGAAGUACAUAUAGAAUAAUGUAUGAUAACCUGGAGGUUUUCACUCCAACCCUAAUCUAGCACCUGAUUCUAAUAACCAGCUGGUUGAUAAAAUGAAUCAGGUUAGUUACAACUGGUAGUUGAAGCUACGGGACAGGAGGGUAGCUCUCCAGGAACAGGGUUGGGUUACAGGAGGAUAGCGCUCCAGGAACAGGGUUGGGUUACAGGAGGAUAGCGCUCCAGGAACAGGGUUGGGUUACAGGAGGAUAGCGCUCCAGGAACAGGGUUGGGUUACAGGGGGGUAGCGCUCCAGGAACAGGGUUAGAUUACAGGAACAGGGUUGGGUUACAGGGGGGUAGCGCUCCAGGAACAGGGUUAGAUUACAGGAACAGGGUUGGGUUACAGGGGGGUAGCGCUCCAGGAACAGGGUUGGGUUACAGGAACAGGGUUGGGUUACAGGGGGGUAGCGCUCCAGGAACAGGGUUGGGUUACAGGAACAGGGUUGGGUUACAGGAGGAUAGCGCUCCAGGAACAGGGUUGGGUUACAGGGGGGUAGCGCUCCAGGAACAGGGUUGGGUUACAGGGGGGUAGCUCGCCAGGAACAGGGUUGGGUUACAGGAGGGUUCCAGAACAGGGUUGGGUUAAAGGAGGAUAGCGCUCCAGGAACAGGUUGGGUUACAGGAGGGUAAGCUCUCCAGUGAACAGGGUUGGGGUUUAAAGGAGGAUAGCGCUCCAGGAACAGGGUUCGAUUACAGGAGGAUAGCACUCCAGGAACAGGGUUCGAUUACAGGAGGAUAGCGCUCCAGGAACAGGGUUGGGCCCUGUUUUGGUUUAUCAUGUCACAUCACCUGGAUUUUAAUCUUUAUUUUAAGCCUUUUCCAGAAAUGAGAAUUAGACCAAAAAUAAAAGCGAUUGUUUGAGGAUGAUGCUGGACCAUGUGACUUAAAAAGAAAAGGGGACAGUUUGAUUAAAAGCUUUAAAUAAAGGUUAAAAUCCGAGACACCUGUUAUGAUUAACCAAAACACAGGUCCCUAAUUAUAGAAUCUCUAUGGGGGAAACACAACUCCUGCUCUCUCUUGGACGAGGGAAUGCUGUUUAUACACAAAUGACAGAAUGUACAACACAAAUGUAGUUUGUAAUCCUAGUUGUUUUUUUCUCUCUCAAAGUGUUCUUUGGAUGGAUUGUGCAACAGGUGA